GAAGCCAUUGAAAUCAAACUUCUAAACUGUAUCAUUCAUAUUUCAAUUUAAUAAUAUUUAAAAUAGGAUGUCUUGACUUGCGGCUACGAUAUCCUAAGUUUGUUUUUACAUUAUGUAUUUUAUACACUUUUUACUUGAGAUUCCAAAAAUUAGUAGAUUUCCACUUCAAGGAAUCUGGCAGAAUGUUGUAUUACCUUUAAAUGUGCAUCAAACAAGUCACGAACAUAGCAUAUUUACACCUGAAGCCAUGGAUCCCAGAAAAACUCCAGAAACGUUUAGUGAUAGGAAAUAUUCCACCCCAGAGUUGCUUUGUUUCCUGCCGGACGCAGAUAUACAACGUUGCGCUCCUGAAGCGGACAAUUCACUAAAAAAUAUAGCUCGAGAAUCGAAUGCAUCACCCGUUGCAAUCGAUGCGGAACUUAUUAAAUCAUCGGCAACACUUUGCAACAUUGUCGACAUGGAAGAUUUUGAAUCUGAUGAUAGCGAUAUUACACUGGACGAUAUUGCAUCCUACGCAUACUUCGAAAAUGAUGAAUUUUCAAAUGGUUCCGAUACUACACCUAAACCGCAAUUGCGCAGACGAUUGCCAUUGGUUAAAAGGCGGAAGUAUGACCAUGUUCAAUCCAAGGUAAAACAGUACAUUAAAUCAAACGCUGGACAUUAACAAACUAAAACCGACUGGAAUAAAAAAAAGCUGAUCGUUGUUCA